CUCGGGUGCACCGGUAGUCAGGAAUGUAACGCAGCUGCGCGAUGACGUAAGCACUGCGGAAAGGAGCGGGUGGGAGGAGGGUCGGCCAUCUUCCUCUCUCCUCACAAGCUCUGGGAUUGAGAGCAGGUCUGUUGUAAACAUCAUGGGAAGAGGAGACUGAAGCAGAUCCACCAUGAUCGGAGGGCUGUUCAUCUACAAUCACAAGGGAGAGGUCCUCAUCUCCCGGGUGUACAGAGAUGACAUUGGCAAUAGGAGGAACGCAGUGGAUGCUUUUCGUGUCAAUGUUAUCCAUGCCCGGCAGCAGGUGCGGUCUCCUGUCACCAACAUUGCUCGUACCAGUUUCUUUCACGUGAAACGCUCAAACAUCUGGCUGGCAGCAGUCACCAAGCAAAAUGUCAACGCUGCUAUGGUAUUUGAGUUCCUUUAUAAGAUGUGCGACGUCAUGACUGCUUACUUUGGAAAGAUCAGUGAGGAAAAUAUCAAGAACAACUUUGUCCUGAUCUAUGAGCUGCUUGAUGAAAUCCUGGAUUUUGGCUACCCGCAGAACUCUGAAACUGGAGCACUGAAAACCUUCAUUACCCAGCAAGGGAUUAAAAGCCAGCACCAGACCAAGGAGGAGCAGUCCCAGAUCACCAGCCAGGUGACUGGUCAGAUUGGCUGGCGGCGUGAAGGGAUCAAAUAUCGCCGCAAUGAGCUGUUCUUGGAUGUUUUAGAGAGUGUGAACCUACUAAUGUCCCCUCAAGGGCAGGUACUUAGCGCUCAUGUUUCCGGACGGGUGGUUAUGAAGAGCUACUUGAGCGGUAUGCCAGAAUGCAAAUUUGGGAUGAAUGAUAAGAUCGUAAUUGAGAAACAAGGCAAAGGCACAGCUGAUGAGACAGGCAAAACCGGGAAACAAUCCAUUGCUAUUGAUGACUGUACAUUCCAUCAGUGUGUUCGGCUGAGCAAGUUUGAUUCCGAGCGCAGCAUCAGCUUUAUUCCACCCGACGGAGAGUUUGAACUGAUGAGAUAUCGAACCACAAAGGACAUAAUCCUUCCGUUCCGUGUCAUCCCACUGGUUCGUGAGGUGGGGCGUACUAAACUGGAGGUUAAGGUGGUCAUUAAAUCCAACUUCAAGCCUUCACUACUGGCUCAGAAAAUUGAGGUUCGAAUCCCCACACCGCUCAACACAAGCGGAGUGCAAGUCAUUUGUAUGAAAGGAAAAGCUAAGUACAAGGCCAGUGAAAACGCCAUCGUCUGGAAGAUAAAACGGAUGGCUGGAAUGAAGGAAUCGCAAAUUAGUGCUGAGAUUGAGCUCUUACCAACCAAUGACAAGAAGAAGUGGGCGCGACCUCCUAUUUCUAUGAACUUUGAGGUCCCCUUUGCUCCGUCCGGACUCAAAGUUCGUUACCUGAAAGUGUUUGAACCUAAGCUGAACUACAGCGACCAUGAUGUGAUAAAAUGGGUGCGAUACAUUGGCCGCAGUGGAAUCUAUGAGACACGUUGUUAAUGCAUCAAUACUUAGAAAAGAAGGAGCUGCUUCCAUUCUUAAUGAUGCCCCCAUCACACUACAUUCCGAUGGAGUGAACACAAGUCACAAAAGGGAGGCGACUCUCUCAGGCUCUGAAGAGUGGAAAAUGCUCCUUUCCUUUCUUGUUUCUUGCUUCUUCCGCCCAACCAUUACAGCCAGUUGGCUCAUUAACCCCAUUCAGUCUGGAGGCCCUGCACACAGAUUCAGCAUUGGAAAGGUUAACCACAGUUAGAGAUCUAAAUUUCUAUGGGAUCUUUGUCCACCUUGCUGCUAUGUGGUUUUUCUAAGACCCAUCUCACAUGCAGCUGCCCCCGACCUUGUGUAACACCAGUCUGUGAAUAUUGCUGGCAGAUAGUAGUAGUGUAGUGCUUCCUGCACGCUUCCCGUCACAUCUCUUACCAGUAGGUAGCCGCGUCAUCUUAACUGUGUCCAAGUAUUUCUGUUUGUCAUUAAUUAAUAAUGCUGUCGCAGGCCAGCUCAACAGCAAGAGGAAAUUAGUGAGUUCUGACUUCAGUAUAUGGGCUAGGGAAUCCCAGAGAGAUGGCUCUGCGUGGAGGGGUGAUUACCUCUGCGUUUCGAGGGGUUUAGUCUGCCAUGUUUAUGACCAAAUGUAGAGGUAGAAAGGGUUCAGUGAUGUUCUCUGGCCCUUUUGCUGCUUCUCAGUGAGGAACAGGAGGAAACGACCUUGAUAUAAUGUCAGAGAAUUCAUUGUCGUGGAGUGCAAACAAGACAUAUCGCUGCCGGUGAUCAGUCACUAAUCUUAAAACCGCAAGGAUGGGAUCCUAGAGCUCCCACUGAUGUGAUUUGUGUGGCCCUGUGACUCUCUCCCAUGUCCCUGUACUCCUUGUGCUGUGAUUUUGCUCUGUUUUUUUUUCUUUGUGAUGGUCAAAUCAUAAACCUAAUAAACAGUGUAGAAAAUGAA